AUGAGAAUAGGAAACGAGCUUGAACUGAUCCAAUUGACUGGUGUGAGUGUGUUUUCAUUGCUGGUAUAUUCCACUGGGUAUCAGAAAACUCUUCUGAAUGAUUUCCUGUUUUGCAUAGUGCCUCAGUACCUUGCAGUCAUGUAUCCAGACAGUGUGGGAAACAUUUACAUAUGUCUGGCAAUGUUGAUAAGCUACUCAGGAAUUGAAAAGAAAACAAAUAGAAAUGAUCCAAAGACACGAGUAAUCGACAUGAUGCGGUUUGGAGUAUCACUUCUGGUUGUCAUUGCAAUUUAUGCAGCAGACUUUUCAAUGUUUGAUCAGAGGCUUGGAAAGCUCCAUUUCUUUGGAAUUGGGCUGAUGGACAUUGGUGUAGGCAGCUUUAUUUUCAACGGAGGGAUUGUGGGAUACAAGAACAAAUCGCGAAGGUAUUUCAAGUCAUGUCCGAUUCUCCUUGUACUUGGACUUACCAGGUACUUUGUAGUUGAGUACUUUGGAUUGAAUGUAAAUCCAAGGGAGUAUGGAAUGCAUUUGAACUUUUAUUUUCUGCUUGCAUUUGUGAACCUGAUGUAUGCGGUAAUCAGAUCAAGACACGACUUUGCUGUUGGAAUGUGCAUUAUAACAGUGUAUGAAAUGGUGCUGAAAUCCACAGGGUUGAUGCAUUUUAUACUGUCUGAUAAGAGAGAAACUCUGUUUGAAAAAAACAAGGAAGGGAUGCUUGCAAUUAUUCCGUAUCUCUCUAUAUUCCUGAUGGCCACAGCGGUUGGCAAGAUAUGUUUUUCUGAUCUAAAGAGGUACAUGAAAGGGCUUAGGAUGCUGGGAAUUACUGCGAUUUUUGGGUUUCUGUAUGUUAUGUUCAGCAUGAUGAAUGAAGCGUCUCGAAGACUAGGGAAUGGUGCUUUUGUGUUUUGGAUUCUUGGUCUUCACAGUCUACACAUGACGGUUUAUUUGCUUUUUGAGAGCAUGGUUGAUCUGCACGUACCUUUAGUGAUGCGAUUCAGCAGUUCGAAUAUGAUGUUUGUGUUUUUGUUUUCAAACCUGCUGGUUCUUGCAGGGAAUGUAAUGUUUGAACUGAAAGCGUUUUCUUCAUUACUGUCUCAUGUGAAUAUGCUUAUGUACUUAGUGAGUGUUUUUGUGAUUCCUGCGGUUUUUGCAAAUGCAUUUGACCUGAGGCGCAUUGGUCUUAAGUAUAGGGCGUGA